AUGUCGGAGAAUAUUACUACCCAGACUGCAGAGGAUAAGGCGGCGUCCACUGCGGUGGGCGUCAAGCCGAGCCAGGAUAUUUCUCAUGUGGAGCGGGUGCUGUCUCCGGAUGAUAAGCUCAAGGGGGAUGAAUCUCGGGUGGAUACGGAGGUGUUGGAGUAUGCUGCCCGGGGACAGAUCGAGGUGGAUGAGGAGGAGAGUCGUCGUCUGCGUCGGAUGAUCGAUCGCCGGGUGUUGGUGAUUAUGAUUAUUACGUAUUUUCUGCAGGCGUUGGAUAAGGGGACGAUGUCGUUUGCGUCGAUUAUGGGCAUUCGGGAUGAUACGCAUUUGAGGGGGCAAGAAUACUCCUGGCUCACAACCUGCAUCUACAUCGCCGUGCUGGUGGUGGAAUACCCCACCAACUGGAUCAUCCAGCGCGUCCGCAUCGCCAAAUACCUCGGCUUCAACAUCAUUUGCUGGGGGACGAUCCUCGCUCUGCAUGCCGCCUGCCAUAACUUUGCUGGCUUGGUUACCGUCCGCACCCUGCUCGGCAUCUUCGAAGCGGCCUGUCAACCCUCCUUCGUGGUCCUCUCGGGCAUGUGGUACAAACGCGACGAACAAGCCUCCACCGUGACCUACUGGUACAUGAUGAACGGCGGCCAACAAAUUGUCGGCGGCCUCCUCGCCUACUGCUUCAGCCUGAUCGGAUCCCACCGCGUCCUCAAAUCCUGGCAAGCGCUCUUCCUCACCUACGGGUGCCUCUCGAUCCUCUGGGGCCUGUUCGUCAUCUACUGGAUGCCGGAUUCCCCCAUGCGGGCGAAAUGCUUCACCGAAACCGACAAGCACAAAAUGGUGGAACGGGUCCGCGCGAACCAAACCGGCCUCCAGAAUAAAACCUUCCGCGCGUAUCAAAUGUGGGAAGCGUUCCGGGACCCCCAGACCUUGUGUUAUUGUGCGAUUCAGGUGUUUACCACCCUGCCCACGAGUGGGUUAGGGGCCUUUGCGAAUAUCAUCAUCAGUGGAUUCGAGUUCACCGAGUUGCAGACGCAGUUGUUGGCCAUGGUGUUGGGGGUGUAUAUCAUUGUGGUGUUGUUGGUGAGUGCGUGGUUGGUCAAACGGUUUGAGCAGAAUUUGUUGGUCAUGUUGGGGUUUAUUGUGCCAUCGUUCAUCGGGACGAUUGUGCUCAUGACGGUGCAGAAUACCAGUCUCAGCACCAAGGUGGGGUUGCUCAUCAGCUACUACAUUACCUUGUCAUUCUGGUCCGCCCAGAAUCUCGGCCUCUCGAUGGUGACGCGCAAUAUUGCCGGCGCGACGAAGAAAUCGACCGUUGUGGCGGCCACGUUUGUGUCGUGGGCUGUGGGGAAUGCCAUUGGCCCCCAAGUCUUCCUCACCCGCGACGCCCCGCGGUAUUUCAUCGCCUUUGGCGUGCAUCUCGGCUGUUACUCGGCCAUGACGCUUUCGGUGAUCUUCCUGCGGUUCUAUCUCAUCCGGGAGAAUAAGCGGAGGGAUCGCGCCAUGGCCGAGAUGGGAAUUGCCCUCGGAGACGAGGAUCAUUUAGCUAGGGCCUUUGAGGAUCGCACGGAUCGAGAGAAUGUGUAUUUUCGGUAUAUUUAUUAG